AUGAACUCCCUAUUGCAGCUGCGGCUCGGCGCAGCUAGCGGGAUAUUUGCUGCGGCUAGUCGUCUGGGGGCCCCUGCAGCAGCAGCAGCAGCAGCAAAGGCAGCAGCAGCAACAGCAAAAGCAACUGCAGUAGCAGGGCAACGCGCUGAGCACUUGAGAGCAGCCUCAGCAGCAAGAAGGCAGCCGGCUUUGCCUACAAGUGCAGCAGCAACAGCAGCAGCACCACCAGCAACAGCAGCAGCAGCAGCAGCAGCAGCUACGUCCCGUUUUUCUGCAUAUGAGGUUUUGUACUGCCAACGACGGGGCCUCCACUUCUCAAACGAGAAGGAGUUUAGGGCCUUCCUCAAGGGGUCGAGUGAGGGCCGGCAGCUGCGUGGGGCCCCGCGGCUGGACUACCUCCGUUUGGGGGUAAAUCGGCAGCGGCGGCGGUGGCCCCAUUUUGCUGCUCGCCUUUACUACAAGCCGCAGCCGCUGCGCAGCUUCCGCAGUUUGCUGCUGCAGCAGCAGCCGCUGACGCCGAGCAGCAGCAGCCGCAACAACAGCCUCAGGCUCCCCAAGGGCCCCGCCGCCCCCGCUGCUGCUGCUGCUGCUGCUGCCGCUGCGCGCAGCAGCACGGGGGACGCGCAGCAGCAGCUCGCGCUGCAGCUCGGCAUCUACCUCAGCAGCAGCAGCCGCAGCGGCGUCGGCGAGCGCCUGCUGCUGCAGUACACGGCAGAUGCUGCUGCAGCGAAGCAGCAGCUGCAGCAGCUGCUGCAGCAGCAAAUGCCCUACGCAGACAUCACGGCCGAAUGCACAGAAGGCAGCAACUUCAUCCGCGUCUGCUGCUGCAAGGAGCAACAGGACCUUGUGUCUCUCGCAGUGCCGGCUGAUCCGAAGAAAUUCGAACCCCAGAAGGCGGUCAAUGCUGUCUUCGCUCGCCUGGGGUUUCUUUAA